CCAUAUUUAAUUUUAUAAUUUUAAGUACAGACGACGUUAUUUGAUGUCGGAAUUUGGUAACGUAAAUAUUAAAUUCCGAUGAAAAUUAGAGUAAUUAUUAUUUCUUAACCAUUGUAUCAUUGCUGUUCGGCAAUGAAAUGAACGAAGCUAUUUUUCUCUGACAAUCAACUUCGUAAUCUUCAAUGCAUUACUUACGUGUAAAGUAUAGGAUAUGAAUAUACAGUCAUGGCCGACGAUUUAGCACGCAGGCCGAGUUUUUCUCAACACGAUAAAAUAGAAAAGAUUCGUAGUCAACUUCAAGAUCUCAAAGCAGAAAUUUCACAACAGAGUAAACGGAAUUUUGAACUUGACCGCGAUGUUCGCUUCUUCGAUAAACGAAUUGCGCUGCUCAUUAAUCACAGAAUAUCUGUUGAGGAACUGUCAGAUAGAAUUGAUCAAGGAUGUAAGAGAGUGGGUGUAAUCAAAGAUGAACUGGAAAGACAGAUAUAUGGACAGUUGUUCUAUUUGCUUCAAACGGAACCUUUUUAUGUAGCACAGUUAACAAGAUCUGUUUCAAUGAAUGAAAUUGAUGAUCUUUUAGAAACUGUUAUGUUUUCUCUUUAUGGUCAGCAAUACGAAGAAAGGGAAGAACAUCUUUUGCUUUGUAUGUUUGAGCUUUCCUUGAAAUAUGAGUUUGACGAGGCUGAAGGAUUCAAUGGUGUACUUCGAGCUAACACGGCAAUAUCAAGGAUGAUGUCAUCGUAUACCAGACGUGGACCUGGUCAGGAAUAUUUAAAGGAAACACUCGAAGAUCCAAUUCGUGAAAUUUGUGGUGAUUUAGAUUUAGAUUUGGAAAUCAAUCCAAUGAAGGUUUAUGCAAGAUUAUACGAUUUGGACAAUGAGGAUAUUGCUGCGGUAUCUCCUGAGCAGGUGCAGGACGAUAAAAGGGUUCAAGAAACUGUUGUAAUUCGUUUACAAAAAUUGAAAAGUCUUGCACAGAAAUUUGUAGACAUUAUGGAAAGUUCCGUCGACCGAGUUCCUUUUGGCAUUCGAUGGAUAUGUUACACCGUUAGAAAAUUGGCUAUGGAGAAAUUUCCUGACCUUUGUGAGCAAUCUGAAGAUGCAAAUGAUAAAUUUAACGAUAAAAUUUGUUCUCUCAUUGGUGGCUUUUUCCUUCUGCGAUUUAUUAACCCGGCCAUCGUGUCUCCUCAUGUAUACAUGCUAAUGAGCAAACAGCCAAAUUCAGUUACAAGAAGAAAUCUACUUUUGAUCGCUAAAAUCAUUCAACAUACAGCUAAUGUUACGCCAGGAAAGACACGAUUUAAGGAAGAUUACAUGCAACCUUUGAGCGUAUUCGUUGAGAAACACAAGAAACGUUUAUGCAAUUUUUUGAAUAACUUGUGUUCCGUUCCACCAUUUUACAGUUCACUUGAGAUGGAACUUUAUAUUGGUUUGUCAAAGAAGACAGAAAUAAACAUUACUCUUAAUCAAAUUUAUCAUUUUCAUGGUCUUAUCAUGAAAUACAAACGAGAUCUUAAUUUAACGGAAGACGACCCUUUGAACACCAUAUUAAGCGAUAUGGGUCCACCAAAACCACAAUUGUCUUAUCUUGAAGAUAUUUCGAUAACGUUAAGUUUAAACAGUCGUUGGGAACAAGUACCUGUUGUACGAUUUGAGUCUCUCAAUUCAACAUUGGCAAGAAACAAUGGAAACGGUGUUCAACGAAGUCAGUGGAAACAAUUACUUUCUGAAUUGUUUUGUAUGAGACCUAAACUACUGCUAGAGCCAACGUUAACUAUGGCACUUGCAGCCGCUGUUAAUCUUGCAGAUAGCGAGGCUGCUGUUUCAGCCUUAUCUGAAUUUUUGCUGCAAAAAUACGAAAAUGUUAGGCAAACAGGAGCUGCAUUUCUCGAAGAAGAGGAAUUUUAUAUGGAUGUCAAAAUGGAAGUAGACUCAAGGCUGCAUCAGUUUGAUGAACUUAAUAACCAACUCGAGAGCUUGAAGAGAGUACACAAGACAAUUUGCGACCACAGGAACUUUUUAGUUAAACAACUUGACGCGUACAAAGAAUAUUUGCAUGUAGUCAGACAACGAGCUGCUAGUAAGGAUGGUGGUCUAGUUCAAGGUCAUCGUCAUAAAUCUCCACAUGAUGUUAAAUAUUCUUUUACACAACUCGAAAAAGAAGGAAUUAUUAUCGAAAGCCAUAAUAUUCCGGAGAAACGAAAAUCAAGUUUAUAUUUUACAAUAAAGAGUCCCUCUCGUGGAAUAUAUAAAGUUUCUUUGUUGUCUAAAGAUAUACCUGGAGUGGGUAUUGCUCAAACAGAAUUACAACUUGAGGAAUUAUUAGAAUUACAGUAUUUACGUCAUCCGGUGCUUAAUUUAAAUGAAUCAGUUCUUCUUGACGUUCGUCGUACUCUAGUUUUGCUGCAGAAACAUUUCAACACAUCAUGACGAAUGUGAGCUUGUAUAAUACUCCUUUUGUACAAUAUUUACUAUGUAUGUAUGUAUGUUUUCACUUUUGGUAUUGGUAGCAUUUUGUAUUUAACUAAUCAGGAAAUGACGGCACAUUUAUUAGCAUCGAAAA